AUGGCAGUUCCUCGGACCUAUCAAGCGUUCCGCCGCAGUAAAGGAAACGUUCCUAAGUCACUUGACUUAGUCACGGAAGAGGUUCCGGCUUCUCUCAAGCCUCAUGAUGUCCUGAUUCGAAUCCAUGCUGUAUCCCUGAACUACAGAGAUGUGGCAAUGUUGCACGGGAAGUACCCAGUCGAUGUUAUUGAGCAAGGCAUCCCCGCAUCUGACUGCGCCGCGGAAGUUGUUGCAAUUGGAUCCGAUGUCCAGGAUUUCCGGAUUGGAGACCAUGUUGCUCCAAUCUUUGAUUUGAAAAAUUUGGAAAGCAAUGAGGAUGAAAUGGCGGUGUUGGGCGGGGAUGUCGAUGGGGUUUUGCGCCAGUUCGCUGUGUUUGACCGAAACGUGUUGUUACACUUGCCCAAACAUUUAUCUUGGGAAGAGGCGGCUUGCAUCACUUGCGCUGGAACAACAGCGUGGAAUGCAUUAAACAUGCCACAAGCCAAGGGCACUGCUUUGCUCCAAGGUACUGGAGGAGUUAGCAUGUUUGGUCUCUUGAUUUGCCUAGCGGCUGGCAUCCGCCCUAUUAUCACUUCGUCCUCUGAUCAGAAAUUAGAUCAGGCAAAAGCCGCUGGCGGAGCGGGCGCCAUCGGUACUAUCAACUACCGAGCCCACCCAAAAUGGGAGGAGGAGGCUCUCCGUCUCACUAAUGGGCGAGGCGUGGAUUUUGUCAUCGAGAAUGUUGGACCCACUUCGAUUGCCCAGAGUCUUGCUUCGCUCGCGCGAAGAGGGACUGUUUCUUUGGUGGGAUUCUUGGGGGGGUUCGAUGUCGAUCGUUUCCCGGACACAAUCUUACCUACCUUAUCGAAAAGCGCUACUAUAAGAGGGAUCGCUGUUGGCUCUAAGAUUGAUCAGCAGAACCUGUGCAACUUCCUGUCAGACAAAAAAGUCGACUUGAGGCCUAUUCUAGAUGAUGUCGUCUUCUCUUUCGAAGACGCACAGGCGGCUUUUGACCACCUAUAUGGUGCUAAGCAUAUGGGUAAAGUUGUGAUCAAGCUGUAA